AUGAGCAGUCUCAACGAGGCCGUGUCUCAUAUAUCCCACGAUGGUGAAAUCCACCACCCGCACAAGCCAAACUUCAGCUCUGCCUCUAUUAAGAGAUACAUAGUGACGAGGUUUACUGAUCUGCUGCCACCAAAGGGCCACUUCCAGGCUAACAAACAUUUGUUGAAUCCACUUCCUCCUCUCAAGCUCAUUCCUGGUCGCCAAUGGCUGAUGAUCCUUGCUGCCCUCUGGGGUUGGACCUGGGACGCCUACGAUUUUUUCUCGGUUUCUUUGAAUGCUUCUAAAUUGGCUGAGGACUUCGACAAGUCAGUCAAGGACAUUACUUGGGGUAUCACUUUGGUGCUGAUGUUGAGAUCCGUAGGAGGUUUCAUCUUCGGUUACUUGGGUGACAAAUAUGGAAGAAAAUGGCCUUUCACCAUCAACCUUUUGCUCAUGUGCAUUCUUGAAAUUGGUACUGGUUUUAUCAAGAACUACAAGCAGUUCCUCGGUGUUCGUGCUGUGUUUGGAAUUUUGCUGGGAGGUAUCUACGGAAACGCCGCAGCCACUGCUUUGGACGAUUGUCCCGUUGAAGCCAGAGGUAUCAUCAGUGGAAUUCUUCAACAAGGCUAUGCUCUUGGCUACCUGUUGGCUGUGGUGUUCACCAGAGCCAUUGCUGAUACUACCGACAAGUCCUGGAGAGCCAUGUUCUGGUUCGGAGCAGGUGUCUGUUUCUUGAUUGUGGUGUUCAGGUCUCUCUUGCCUGAGACCGAGUUUUUCAAGCAGAAGAAACAACUUGAGCAAUACAACGUCGAGAAUAACAUUUCCCAACCAACCUUCAAGGAGAAAGCAGUUGCUUCGCUCAAGAUCUACUGGUUGAUGAUCAUUUACAUGGUUUUCCUCAUGGCCGGUUUCAACUUCAUGUCUCAUGGCUCUCAGGAUCUGUAUCCAACUUUGCUUACCAAACAAUAUUCAUUUUCUGCUGACAGAUCCACGGUCACCAACUGUGUUGCGAACCUGGGUGCCAUCACUGGAGGAAUUUUUGUGGGCCACAUGUCGCAGUUUGUUGGAAGAAGACUCUCCAUCAUUGUCUGCUGCAUUGGUGGAGGCGCUCUUAUUUAUCCUUGGGCUUUUGUUAACAACUCAGCUAUCAACGCAGGUUGUUUCUUUCUCCAAUUUUUUGUUCAGGGUGCAUGGGGAGUCGUUCCUGUCCAUCUUUCGGAACUGUCUCCACCAGAGUUCAGAGCAUUCAUUGUGGGUGCUGCUUACCAACUUGGUAACCUGGCCUCAUCUGCCUCUUCUACCAUUGAAACCACUAUCGGUGAAAGAUUUCCUUUGCAGAGCAAGACUGGUGACCAGAUCUACAACUAUGCUCUGGUUAUGUCCAUUUUCAUCGGCUGUGUGUUUGGCUACGUCUUGCUGAUCGUUCUAGCUGGUCCAGAGAACAGAAAUGCCAACCUCAAGGUGGAGUCGGCCGCCAACGAGUUUGAGAAGGAGGUUGAGUCCCUUUCAGACGAGGAAAAUUAUGACCCUCGUGUUGAAUCUUCUGAAUCACAGAACAAGACUCAGGCUGAGUAUCUAGAGAGGGCUUGA